GUGGUCAUGAGUAGACGAACACAUAAAAGGGAUGCAAAUCUCGAAUCGCUUGAAUUUUUGAUUUGUGUACUUUUUCAAACUCCACCACAAGCUCAGUCGACCAACAGUAAGAUUUCAUUUUCCCUCGCUCCCUCCCUCUCGUCUUUUUUGCUGGGCUCGGUGCUCGUGACGCUUCCCCGAGUUGUGUCGUGUGCGCUGGCACCUUUACCAGCCCUCCAGCAUUAUCUAGAGGGAGCACCUGAUCUUCAUUUGUGUCCUUCCACUUUCAACCUCCGCAAGCUCAGUCGACCAAACCAUGCCGACAAGCAGAAUGAGACCCCCCUCCGUCGUGGACCCACUUGCAAUAGCAAAGAGGAUUGAGGGGCUCACGGAUCACCAGCGUAACGUGAUAGCGGCUUCUCUGGGUAGCGAGUAUUCUCACCUCCUAGGGACGGAGAGGCACAAGUCGAAGCCAUCGGACGACAAGAGGAACAAGAAGCACUCGAGUACCAGACAUGCUACCAGUCGACCAGGAAACGGCGGAUAUUUUUACCGCAACUAUGGAGAUCGAGAUCAUGACGCUCACCUUGCUGAGGAACGUGCGAUGUUGAGUAAGCUAUUUCCCUCUUCCGGUUUUGGUCAACAAGAAGCAGUACUAGACGAGGAUUGCUCGUCACCAGCAUCAGAAGCUGAACAAGAUGAUCUUCAUGAAGGAGCCACUGAAACGAAGAAGUUGGCAGAGAUGCUGCAGCGUUUGAUCUCUCGGGAGAGGCGCUUGCUACGCUGGACUGAGAAGGAGAUCGAAGAUGUCCAGAAAAAUAGCGAUAUCCAAUGCGACGAGUACUGGGAACAGCAUAUUGGAAGGCCGUCUCGGAUGCUAGCCGAUAGAAAAGAAGCGAUUCAGAUGGAAAGGGACAAGAUGCAGAAGUAUAACUUUUUUUGGAAUCAGCUCUCUCAAGAGUGUAGACCCUUCUUGUUGAAUGAUCACAACUCUAGAUAAGGAUUUGAAGAAGUUGUUGAAUCUCCUCCAUAUUGAUUCACCGCGACCAAGAUGAGCAGCUCUUUCUUCAUUCUUUGUUCAUCGUAAUCGCAGGCAAGCAGCAACGAAAAUCCGACAAAUGCGUGCAAACCUUACACAUCAAAGAAGCAGAGCAGGCACUAAUUAUGGUUCUGCUAGUGCGCGUGGUCCUCCAACGAUGAUAUUCGACGCAAAUUCUGUAGACUUGGACGCAAAGGAUCUCUCCACAUUUGCUGCCUACAGGAGUUCUUGCGGACCCUCUCGGAGCGAAGGAGACGAUUUGUCACCUUUGCCGCUUCCUGCUGGAGGACGAUGUGGGAAUUCCUUCGCAUUCUUGGAUGCUCCUGCUUCCGCUACUCGCAGUAAGCAUUCAGCGGGGGGACUGGGUGAUCGACGCUGUAUUAAAGGAUCCUCCGAUAACAACAAGCCAGUUUUGAGCAUUGACCUGGUAGAUGAUGAUUCUUCAAACUCAUCUGAUCAGGCUGUUGGAGCUGUUCAAGUUGAAGCUGGUAAGAACGGUCAUCUAAACCGAAGAGUAGAUCACAUUCGAGGAAGAGACUUCGGUAAGACGAAUUCACGUUCUUCCAAGAUUUCUUCUGCAAGUGCGAGAGCAGGAAGAAGGUACUAGAAGUGGGUACUUCAGAAGCAAGCGCUGGCGCACC